CUCCUAAACCCCUCAUUAAGCCCCUUCCUAUAGCCUCUUCCAUUCAGUCCCUCCUUGCAUUCCGAACCUGAAAGGCAAGAACUAACAGAAUGUGCUCCUUCAAGACCAGAGUCCACCAGGCCCCGGCUAUUGCACGGAGCGACGGGCGUCCUGUCCUCCAGCAGAACCUUUGCAACCAAAUUCCCUCUCCCGAGCGACGUAAUUCGCUUGCCAAGAAGUCGCUGCCCCCGAGAUCCCCUCCGCAACUACCCAACUCCACAGCUGAUUCACCACAUGACCCUAGUGCUCUUCGUCUUGCUCCUGCUGAUCAUGCUAAGCCAGCAUUGACCCCUCCAAUUUCUCCUAAGAAAAAAAUGCCAAGAAUCUCAACUUUGAAAAGAGGAAAUGAUCCAACAACUGCAUCUUUUGCCACGUCCAGUCCUGACAAGGUUUUUGCUGCGCAAUUCACGACCAGGUCGACGAAGAAAUCAGUCGGUCAAGCACUGCCUCCUAGUCCUGACACAUUGUUGCCUGGUAGCAUCGCAGCUGCUAGGAAAGAACAGAUUGCAUCGUUGCAGGAGCAGAGGAAGCUGAAGAUUGCCCAUUACGGAAGAGUUAAGCCUUUCAAGCGCGGGGGCAAAGUUGUUCCACUCAACCCCUCUUCCGCUCUAGCUGUUGCCAACCGCGAGGAGAAAAGAUGUAGCUUCAUUACAGCUAGCUCAGAUCCUAUCUAUGUCGCUUACCAUGAUCAAGAAUGGGGAGUGCCCGUGCAUGAUGACAGAAACCUGUUCGAGUUGUUGGUACUGAGUGGAGCUCAAGUAGGAUCAGACUGGACUUCGGUCUUGAAGAAACGUCAAGUGCUGAGGGAAGCUUUCUCAGGAUAUGAUGCAGAAAUUGUGGCCCAAUACUCUGAAAAGAAAAUAACAUCACUGAGUAGUCUCCACGGCCUAGAGUUGAGCCAAAUUCGGGGAGCCGUCGACAACUCCAAGCGAAUUCUCGAGGUGAGGACGGAAUACGGAUCUUUCAACAAGUAUUUGUGGGGGUUUGUGAAUCACAAGCCGAUCAUCACGGAGUACAGGACAUGCCAGAGGAUACCAGUGAAGACAUCAAAGUCGGAGAUGAUGAGCAAAGACAUGGUGAGAAGAGGGUUCAGAUACGUCGGCCCGACCAUCAUGCACUCAUUCAUGCAAGCCGCUGGCCUCGUCAACGAUCACUUGAUUUCUUGCCCACGACGCCUCCUACUCCAGUGCCACUGAUCACAAAACAUCAACUCCUCAUGCAGCCAUAGAUACUAGGAAAGAAGAAGGCAUUGGAAGGACCCCGACAAAGGUGGAGCAACCUGAGUGUGUAUAGUAAUGCAUGAUCAUCACACCGAGCGAGCGGCAGAAGAGGAAGCAAAGAAGAUGACCGGUUGGAGUGGACCUGCAUUGCACCUGUUCUGUUCAAUUCCCUCGGAGCUUAAUCAGUUAAAUGACAGUCGAUUUGCUGUUCUGUUUUUUCCCUCCUUAAAGAGAGUG